AUGUCAGGGAAGCCGAAGGUCUACCAAGGGGUCCGGGUCAAAAUCACGGUGAAGGAGCUCCUGCAGCAGCGGAGGGCCAAGCAGGCGGAGGCGGAGGAGCCCGUAAGUGCCGCCUUUCCUGAUACGAUUGGGGACCUUUCUGAAGAUUACUUUUCAGUUUCCAGGGAGAGCUGUGCCACUGAGGUCCAGUUCACCGAAUCUUUCUCUCCUCCUCCUUGCGCAGCCCCUUUUGCAGAUACAGAGCUCGAGCCUUCCUCCUCGUCCGGCUGCCUCCAGCCUUGGUCGUUCCAGAGCUGCCUCACCUGCGAAGAGAUUCCCAGUUACCUGGAGCAACUGGUGGACUCCUGCCUCCAAACGGAGCCAGUUUUGGAUGCCCCUUUGCCUUUGGCCCAAGGCCAUAUGACCUGCCCUCCCGGCGGCUACCAGCCCGGCCCACCUCCUUGCCUCAACCAGAGCCUGGGCACUGGUUCCCCAGAUUCCUCCGAUCCCUCCAUCUCCUUCAACUACAGCUUCUCCCCUCCACAGCUGCCUCCUUUUGCUCCCAUCAGCUACAACGACUCCCCUUCUUCCUCUUUGGAGGCCAAGAGCUGUAUGUACCCGUCUUUAGAGGAAAGCCCCUAUCCGCUGCCUUCCCACAUACAGUACAACCACGUUCCCAAUCCUUGCGGAUGCACAUCCUGCGGCUCUCAGCACUUGGACACUUUCAGGGUCUCCGAAUGCUUCCCUUACGCAAAUGCGGACUGUCGGGAAUAUGUCCCGUCCGUCUCGGUGGCGGACGACUUCUUCCGAAGAGAUAGGAGCUGGGACGCCUGCUAUAGUUAAUGUGGAAGCAGCUAUCCACCACUGUAUAGAAUAUGUACACAAAUAAGGAAAUCCAUAGACAUUUGAAGUUGCAAAACACUGAACGCCAUUUGUCCUAAGAGGGUCUCGUUUGGAGCAAG